AUGUGCUCCACUGGAUGCUGUUCCACGGGAUGCUGCUCUGUCGUGAAGAGCAAGACCGUGUGCUGCACCCCCUGCAAGACUACUGUGUGCUGCAGUCCCUGCAAGACCGUGUGCUGCUCCCCGUGCCAGCAGUCCUGCUGCUGUGACCCGUGCCAGAAGCCUUGCUGUGACCCGUGCCAGUCUUGUUGUGACCCAUGCCAGUCUUGCUGUGACCCAUGCCAGAAGCCUUGCUGUGACCCGUGCCAGUCCUGCUGUGAUCCAUGCCAGAAGCCUUGCUGUGACCCAUGCCAGUCCUGCUGUGAUCCAUGCCAGAAGCCUUGUUGUGACCCGUGCCAGUCUUGCUGUGACCCAUGCCAGAAGCCUUGCUGUGAGCCGUGCAAGACUGUCUGCUGUGACCCGUGCCAGUCCUGCUGUGAUCCAUGCCAGAAGCCCUGUUGUGACCCGUGCCAGUCUUGCUGUGACCCAUGCCAGAAGCCUUGCUGUGACCCGUGCCAGUCCUGCUGUGACCCAUGCCAGAAGCCUUGCUGUGAGCCGUGCAAGACUGUCUGCUGUGACCCGUGCCAGACCUGCUGUGACCCAUGCCAGAAGCCUUGCUGUGAUCCAUGCCAGACCUGCUGUGACCCAUGCCAGAAGCCUUGCUGUGAUCCAUGCCAGUCCUGUUGUGACCCGUGCCAGAAGCCUUGCUGUGACCCAUGCCAGACCUGUUGUGACCCUUGCCAGAAGCCCUGUUGUGACCCAUGCCAGACCUGUUGUGACCCUUGCCAGAAGCCUUGCUGUGACCCAUGCCAGUCCUGUUGUGACCCUUGCCAGAAGCCUUGCUGUGAUCCGUGCCAGACCUGCUGUGAUCCAUGCCAGAAGCCCUGUUGUGACCCAUGCCAGUCCUGUUGUGACCCUUGCCAGAAGCCUUGCUGUGACCCGUGCCAGUCCUGCUGUGAUCCAUGCCAGAAGCCUUGCUGUGACCCGUGCCAGUCCUGCUGUGAUCCAUGCCAGUCCUGUUGUGACCCGUGCCAGAAGCCUUGCUGUGACCCGUGCCAGACCUGCUGUGACCCGUGCCAGUCCGUGUGCUGCACCAAGGUGUGCCGCAAGUCUGUGUGCUGUGUGCCCCGGCCCUGCUGCUCUCCCUGCUGCGUGGUGAAGAAGCCCGUGGUGGUUUGCUGCACCCCCGUGAGGAAGUGCUGCACGCCCUGCAUCCCCAUCCAGCAGUGCUGUGCCAGCCUCAGGAAGACCUGCUGA